ACUUUUGACAGUCGACGAAAACGGAGCCACUUCGUUUUAAAAAUGGCGGAGGUAACAAAAGCACGGGAGGCUCGCCAAUAUGUUCUUACAACGAAGAAUAACUCAAUAUUCAAAGGUUCAGAAUAUUUUCUUGAUCGCAUUGCAGGAAAAAUCAUUUUGAAAAAUGGUAAAUCUAAUUGUUAAUUAAUUUUUUUUACCACAUGGUAGUUGGUUAGUUAUACAAUUUUGUUGCAAUGCAUUCAAUGCAUGCAAGUUAACCGGGCAUAAGCCGGGGCGGCCCCGGGUAUACAACUCCUGGGUACAUCUAGUUUAGUUUGACUUAAUUACAAGUAAAAGUUGUCACUCAACACCGCAGACAACAGAAACUCUUGGCUAAUGAUAGUUGUGGAUGCCACCACAUCUUUUAAGUGUGAAUUAGGUUUCAGGUUAGGUUUAGGGAUACAUUUUAGUUUUAGUAGGCGGGUACCAAACUCUGAUAAUUCACAUACCCAAGACCCAAGUCUUAAAGUCAUCUGAUAACAGGGUAAAUGUGCAGUUAAGGGGAUGGGUUUAGUCAAUAGUUGUAUCACCCUAAGCGUAGUGACGUCACUUUGGGGAAUCCGAAUCUCAACGCCAAUACAGGACGUAGGGUGACUGGACCAACGAUUGGACCUGAACAAUGAGAUUCAAAAGGAAUAAAAAGUAGAAAAACUCAUCCUUGAAUUCCUUGCUUACACCCCAAGGCCAAGACCAAAAUGAACAGCAGAAAAAAGAUGCUAAUUUUUUAUUGGUUGAAAAUGAAGUAAUCCACCUAAAUGCCUAUGACUUAUACUCUAUACUAUGUAUUUCUAUAAAACUAUAAUAAUGUCGCAAUGUAACCAGACAUUUCAAAUGUUCCCAUAAAUUUCAAUACAAAAAUAAGAAAGAAAAUAAAUUCUGGGUAGGGGUCUUAGGAGAGACACCACUAACUGCAUUUUAGCCAAGAUAGUAUAAUUACCUAAAAGUUAUGCUUACAAUGGAUUUUCCAAGCUAAUUACAUAGUUAAUCCGUGGCUGAUUAAUCACUGAUAUUGUGUUAAUAUGCUUGGGGUGUCCUACCCAUUCCUAUUUCAGCCCGAUAAUUUGGAUUAGGCCUAACUGCUGUCAACCUGAUCAAGAUUCUACUGUCAAAGAUUCUUUUAAAACUCAAUGAAACUUUUAUUCUUGACUCUUCUCUUACUUACUCUUAGUUACAACAAGUACUAAUUGAGGUAUCAGUUAGUCUUGACUUAAAGCUGUAGUUGAGACAAAAAGUUGACAGUUGAGAUUGUUGUCAUCACUGGUACUAUCAAUGUUAUACCCCUUGUUACAAUGAUUGUAGUGCUGACAUCGACACUGCUGACAUGGCUAUGAUCAGUGGCGUAGCGAGGGUGUUUGGCGCCCGGGGACAUGAUUCACGCCUGGGGACAAGAUCCAUUUUUAGCGCCCCUUUUUCUUUUUUUCAACUCUCAAACCCAUUAUUUUCAUCAAUAAAAUAACAUCAAAGCACAUUUUGGCGCCCCUAACUAGCUGGCGCCCGGGGACAUCUGUCCCCCCCUGCCCCCACCACGCUACGCCUCUGGCUGUGAUUGAUUAGCAGUAAGGCCAGAGAUGACUUCCACAGUAACUAAAAUUAACCUUAAUCAAUUAGUUCUACAAUUAAUUUUAUGAAAACUCAAAUACAAUCACUGGUAGUUUUAUCCUAGAAUUUUUGCAAUAAGUACUUAAUUUUUUUUCGUAAUAUAGGUCAUGCAGGUUCCCCAGGUCAACUGCGUAAAGAUUGGGUUAUUGGGGUGGGUUUUGCUAAGAGUUAUCUCACCCUAAUCACAAUGCCAUUACUUUGGGAAACCCCAACACUGGACUAGGGUGAUGAGACCCGAAUGAUGACCUGAAAUUUUUGUUAUCAUUCUUCACUAGCAUCAUACAUUGCAUUAACAUCAGGUUGACAUCAAAGUAAUUUGUGAUUAAUUUAUUUAUUUCAAAUUACUGUCUAUGUACUGGUAGGAUGGCCUGAACCACCUUAUUUUGUGACCCUAUUCUCUCAUUUUCAAUUUUACAUAAUAAUAUAAUAAUAAUAAUAAAGUUCAUUUCAAAAACACUCUUCAUCCCCAAAGGCUCGAAGCGCGGUACAAAGUCAACAAAAAACAAAUCUAUAAUUUACCACAUUUAAAACAAACGCAACACUACAAAAACUAAUUACAAGCAUACAAUGUCAAAGUCUUACUAGCCAUUUCAACCAUAAGCAACACGGCCAUUAUGCAUUAACUGGAAAAUAAGGUAGACAAUCAUCCCAGAAGGUGUUUGCGAAAUAGAUGUGUCUUUAAAUCGGUUUUAAAGGACUCCAGUGUCAGGUUGUUUCUGAGAUCGACAGGAAGGGCGUUCCAAAUUGUUGGACCAGCAAAUGCGAAAGUGCGCUUUCCGUAAGUCUGAAGGCAAACGGGUGGUGUCGAGAGUUUGCCACUAUCGGAUGAGCGGAGCUCUCUAGUGGGUACAUAAGGCGUCAGCAGCUCUUUCAGAUAGGACGACCCCAGGUCAUGUAAGCAGCGGUAGCACAAAGUUGCGAUUUUGUACUCUAUGCGAGCACGCACCGGCAGCCAGUGCAACUCUCUCAGAAGUGUUUUUGCAUUGUCGAACUUGCGUUUGCGGAGAACAAUGCGAGCCGCAUUAUUCUGUGCUAUUUGAAUUUUAUCCAGGAGCGUAGCUGGAAGACCCAGCAUGAGAGCAUUGCAAUAGUCCAUGCGUGAUAGCACAAAUGCAGACAUCAGUCUCUUUGUUGCAUCAAUUAUUAGGAAGGGCCUGAUGUGACUAAUCCUGCGCAGCCGAGGCCUACUGUUUUUACUUUAUUACAUUACAGAUAAUAAAUUUAAAAUAUUAAAUUAUUUCUUUAAUACUACUAGUAUGCUUUUGUUUUAAUAUAUUUACAAAUAUGAAUUUUCUUCCACCAAAUAAUGGGAUAAUGUGUAAUAAUUUACAAUAGUCUACUCUGAAAGGUGCGGAGGUCAUAUUAACGCAAUGCUAUUUGGUAAUCUGAUGAGGAUGUCAUGUUGUCAGUGAAAGGGUGGAAAAAAGAUUUAACCUACCUCAAUCUUUUUGGGGUUUUACUAUUGAAACACUGUCUUGCUCUACCUUAACUACAACUAUUGAAACACUGUCUUGCUCUACCUUAACUACAACUAUUGAACAACAUUUUAGUAGAGCAAAAAAGAAUUUAGCUCCAGCCAUUUUAUGUCAAAUACUGAAAUAUUUGUGCUGUAUUCUGAUACAUCUUGCCACAUUGAGGUGUUUUUUCUUAAAGAAAACUGCAACAUCCGGUUGAUAUCAAAGUAAUUAAUGACCAAUGUAUUUAUUUAAAAUUCUUUACUAAAAUUCACUUUAAAAAUUACAACACUGCUAAAUAAUUCUCUGAAUAGGCUUUGCUUUAUAGUAAGGGGAGGUGCGGGUGAGCAAUUGGCGAAAAUGGCAAAUUUUGAAGAGAAAAAUUAUGAUUGUUUAUUUGGUUUUAUUAACCAUUUCUUUAUUAAAUUUUUGUAUUUGUUUGUACAAAAGUAAGGUAGAAAAUCUAAUAAAUGACAAGUUUCCUGACUCUAUCCAUUAGGGAAAUGUCCAAAUUUCCCUUUUUUAAAGUGUUUUGCCUCCUUUGUUGUGAGUAUUUGGAAUCACCCAAUCCCAGUGUAUUUGGUCUGGUUAGAAUUUUGGUGAUUUCCGGAUCAAGAUAAAUAUAGUUUAGCGUCCUAAAGAAACUUACGAAAGUAACCGAACCUUUGGAUCGUCUGUAAUGUCUAGCCAAAUGUGGUAUUGUCCUUUCCUACUUCGUGUAUCACCUGAUCUAGCUGAAGCCAAGGAGUCUAGUUUCAUCUAUUCAAAAGAUCUAGCUGAAGCCAAGGAGUCUAGUUUCAUCUAUUCAAAAGAUCUAGCUGAAGCCAAGGAGUCUAGUGUCAUAUAUUCAAAAGAUCUAGCUGAAGCCAAGGAGUCUAGUUUCAUCUAUUCAAAAGAUCUAGCUGAAGCCAAGGAGUCUAGUUUCAUAUAUUCAAAAGAUCUAGCUGAAGCCAAGGAGUCUAGUUUCAUCUAUUCAAAAGAUCUAGCUGAAGCCAAGGAGUCUAGUUUCAUAUAUUCAAAAAUUUAGUGUGGACUAAGACCCAUAAUACAUGCCUCUACACUGUGAGCAGCUAGUUAUGUCAUCAUCAUAUUUGUGUCCUUGCUGUGCGGUGUGCUGUCUGCCUUGUCCAGCACAAACAUCCAAGAUGUUGUCUCAUAUCAACUGGACUAGUUUCCUGUUGCUGAUUUAAUGACUCUUCCACAUUUAUCAACAGUCACUUCCGAUGGAGUGCAGCUGUUUGGACUCCAACAUUUUUACAGUUCAGACUUGGUUGAUAGUAAGUAUAGCUUUUUAUUUUUAUUUGUUGAAAUGUUGAUCUAUAAAUUUAGGUAUCUAUGAAUAAACAUGCUGAAAAAGUAAUUAAUAUGAUUAAAAAGUACAUAUUAAGAUAAAAGACAUGGCACUUAGCUCUAUAAAUGUAUAGAAGGUUAGAAUAAAAGAACACUUAUAAAAGACCCAAUGGGAGGAAAUGUUGUGUGAGUGAAAGGAAAUGAUAGAAUGAUAUCAUAUGAACUAUGAAUAAUGAUAUCAUAUGAACUAUGAAUAAUGAUAUCAUAUGAACUUAUGAAUUUACACAGGGACUUAUCAUGAAUUUCUGAGAUUUAAUUCUGUUAACAUGACCAAUUAAACAUACAUUAUGAAAACAUAAAAAAAGGGGGGUGGGGUGUGAUAUAAUUAUUAGUUAACUUUUUACUCAAACUUUGCAUAAAUUAUGUUGGGUCGUUGUCUUAUGCACCCAUUAUAAUGCCUUAUGCAUGCAGCCUCCUUUCAUGUAUUGUCUAAUUUCACCUCAGAGAACAAGGUCAGGUCUCCUUGGAAAUCUUCCUGGUCCCGUAAUAGUAGGCUGUGAAUCCCUUCUUCCCAUCUGCCGAACUCUUGGGAUUAUCUUCUCUUAGCAAGUCCGAAAGGCCUGCCUUUCGCUUACCCCCACAGUCGGCCAAUGCUUUAAUUAGUCAUGUUUUUGCCUGAGACAAAUUUAAAGUUGUAAUAAAAUUUAAAAAUUGAUAUUGACUUUUUAGGCAAAGUGUCAGAGUUAAAAAUAUCUCUACAUUUGUUGUCUCCCAUCGCCGCAGGCCCUGAAUCAGCAGUUGAGUUCACUUGAACCCUUCUUUGAUGGAUUUCAUGUUUUAGUUGUUGUUGACUUGCAAAAACGUACCUUUUACGGCCAGUUGUAAUGUCUUGUUAAUUCAAAGCUAAAAUUAUUGGCCUGUCUGAAUGUGUGAAACUGAUUUGGUCAACUUUCAACACUUCCUUAACUCAGGCCUUCAGAGAAAUACUUAACAUCUAUCUCCUGAGCAGGUUUAUAUGACCUAUCUCAUGAGCAAGUGUAUAUGAACUGUCUCAUGAGCAAGUGUAUAUGACCUGUCUCAUGAACAGGUGUAUAUAACCUGUCUCAUGAGCAGGUGUAUAUGAACUGUCUCAUGAGCAAGUGUAUAUGACCUGUCUCAUGAGCAGGUGUAUAUGACCUGUCUCAUGAGCAGGUGUAUAUGACCUAUCCCAUGAGCAAGUGUAUCUGACCUGUCUCAUGAGUAAAUGUAUAUGACCUAUCUCAUGAGCAAUUGUAUUUGACUUUUGGAAAUCAAUCAUUAAUUCAACAAUUCUACAAUUAAUUGACUGAAAACUCAGUUGCUGUCACUGGUAGUGUUAUCCUAGACUUUUUGCAAUGAUGAACUUAAUCUUUCCCUAGUAUUUCAGUUACUCCAGCUGCCUGUGUAAACUUUGAUUACAUUUAUUGAUGGGGUUUUAAUUAAAAGUGAUAUGAACCUUUUUUUUUCUUUCUUGCAGUGCAACAGAUAGGAGAUGGGCAAGAUGAUUCUGAAAAUCAAAAGCAGCUACGAUUCAAGUAAGCACUUGCUCCAUAGGAAAUAGAUUUAAAAAGUUGUGUCGUCUUUUUUUUUCUUUCUUUAAUGUAUCAACAGAAAUGGGUGUGUCGAGAAGGGGAGGAUUUUGUUAUUCAUCAAAUACAGUGUUGGAAAACCAGAUAACUUUUACUGAGAGAAUCAUCUGAGAGUUAGGUGAACACUGCAUGUGCCAAAAUAUGCAUCACUGGUACUGAAAGUCAAUCUUGGUGAAUGCCCAUACCAUGUGACGAGUCAGUUGUAUUGUACACUUGUAAAUUGGCAUGUCGUGGGAGGAAAAAGUAUUCAAGGGGCCUUCAGGUAAAUUGAUAGUGUUAACGAGAGGUUGGUGUGAGCAACCACACCAGGCUUGAGGAUCUCUAAUAACGCUAGAUGAAAACCUAAUAGGACAACUUGUUUCAAGUGGUACUGACCUGCCGUACUUGUGUUCAACUGUGAAAUUCCCCUAGAAAUAUGCCUGUAUUACACUUGCAAAUUUUCUCCUUUUGCGGGAGUCUAUGGUCAUUUUUAUUCCUGGAUAUCUUUGAGAAUCUGUACAAAUGAUAUGGUCAUUGUCUACAGCAAAAUGGUGCACUCUUUGAAACGUACAACUAAAGUAACGCAAGUUUUUCCCAGCAUUUUUUUGGUGCACCUACUGACCUAAACCCACUCUUAGUUUAAUGACUAAAAGGUCUUCAUGCUGUUGUCUGGAAGCUUUUAUUUUUAAUUAGAAUUAGAUUCCAAAGUUGGAAGAAACAAUCACAGAAGUUAAUUUUUUUACAAAAAUGUUGUAUAACAACCCCCACCCCACAUCCCAUCCAUCCUAUACAAUAAUCGUCUAAACCAGUGGUCAGCUAAUCGUGGCUCGCGAGCCUAUGCUGCUGUUAGGACAGAAAUUGGUUUUGACUCCGAAAAACAUGAUUCUCGACAGGUUGAUGAAAAUAAAUUAGGUUCUCAAAAAUUUUGUGAUGGUCCUGCUGCUGAUUUUUUUUUUUUUUUUAACUUCUGAGUUUGCCAAACACUAGUCUAAACAAACAACAAACACACACCCAUGUGGCCACACACCUCUGCCGGCUUAGAGACACUGAAUUGCGCAUGCGAUGGUAAAAUACAUGCUAAAAGUGGAUAAGAAGUUGAUAUCGUAUCUUUUCAUUUCAGUACGUAAUGUUUUGAUGCAUACUGUAUUUAUACAGCAAAAUCUUAAAGCCUUGAAUUUUCUAAAUAUUUUUUAAUUUUUUUUUUUGAAAGGAAAAAGAACUUCAAUUUUGAAAAAGUUCCACUUGCUCAUCUUUCAUAUUUGAAAGAUCUAGACACUGAUGAAUUGACGAUGUCUAACAUAUUUCAGGAUGCCAAUAAUGACAGUGAUAAAGGUAUGUCUCGUUAUUGCCGACCGAAAUCAUUACGUUGUUUUGUUUUAAACAAUAUUAAAUUUCAGUGUUGAAGAUUUAGAAACUGCACCUUUAUUCAAUUUUUUUGUUUAAAAAAUUUUGAAUUUAGAGGGCUUUGAAGAAGACUGUAAGGAUGUGGAAGAUUACAGACAGACUGAAGAGUACAUCCUCCUGAAUAGGAUAUGUGAUCAGUUUUAUGAUGCAGUGAGUAUUUUAUAAUUUUGUCUAUUGAUAAAUUUGUCUAUUUACUUGGUUAGUAUUAGAAUUUUUUGUACAUAACUAAAUACCAAUCUGUGUAUAUUUAUAUUAUGAAAACCAUAAUAUUCUUAUAAACUUUUUUAAUCUUCAGAUGAAGCAUAUUAUGGAACAAAGCAUCGUCGCAGUAAAUUUUGAUGGGGUACACUUGGGAAGAAACGGCACCUUAUCAUUGAUCGAGGUUGGUUUUCAUUUAUCAUUGGUAUUAAUCUAAAGAAUUUUAAACUGUCUCAUCGUUAUUUAAAAACGUGUAUUUUGAGUAGAGUUCCGUGUCAACGGGUCUGAGGAAAACUGCUUUUACAAAGGAGCUUAACUUUUGAUUGGUAGUUGAGUAGAGUUCCAUGUCAACGGGUCUGAGGAGAACUGCUGUUAUGAACAAUCGCAGCUUUUGAUUAGCUCUGAGUAGGACACCCAGGAAAAGAUAGUUCAAACUCUCAUGUUCUCCAGCUCAGUGAGUGUUAUUUACUUGGAGCAGAGUGGGGCGCUCUUCAGAUGGUGUUUUUUAAGAGGUGUCUCUGUAACAAGUGAUUCAUCCAAUAAAAAGUGCCCUUGAUAUUCAUAGGUUUUAAUUUAAAUAUUUUUGUUUGGUGCAUAGAGAGGUUGUGACGACCAUUGUAUUUAGGAGACACAGUGGUUGAGAGGCAGUAGUGUGGAAAAUGGUGUCUAUUAUGACAGAGUGUUAUGUAGUUGUAAAUAGACAGCUUUGUAGUAACGUUUAGAUCAUUUCUGUUGGUAUUUAACCAUUAUUAUAAUUGCAAGAACUAAAGUAGCUAGUAUUCUUUUGAUUUCAUUUAAAUAAAUAUUUUCUUUUAAUACAGUAUUCCUAACAAGAACAGUAGCAUUAGCCAUUAUGCUUAACACUGAAUGAUUUAUUAAUUUUUUUGACAUUAAAGUAAAGAACUUAAUGAUGUUUUCACUUUCUAAAACUGAAGCGGUUUGGAUCUUCUUUGUUAUGUACGUUAUUGUUGAGUCUGCAUGAGUGAACAUUUUAUAAUCGUAUAAUCUUUUUUAUUAUUUGAUUCUGCUCCAAACUGUCAAUUAAAUGGCAGAACCUGAUUUGAAGAGACGUAAAGUUUGAAUUAGACACGCAACUGUGUAAGUUCCUUUGUGAGUGUAUGACGGAACACCCUGGAUUAAAUUAUUGAGGCUCCACCACUUUGAGCUUGGCGCAUGUUUUAAAAAAUUUGAGAAACAGACAUUAAAUUGUUUGCUUUGGUCUCUUAUGAUCUAAAUCUCUUUUGACGGUGUCAAAUAAACACUGACACUUGUUGCCUUAGGUACCAUACAAAUGUCGGAGAUUAUCAAAAGGGAAAAGAUUCAUUCAAAUCAGCCAUAAAUGAUUGAAAUAAAAUACAAAUUGUAAAUAAUGAUCACAAGUUUCCAGGCACCCACUUUGUUAAUGUUUAUGUACAGUUUGGUUUGGGACCCUUUGAACAGUUUGGCCAAGAUGCCCCGGGACCAUCAAGAAUUUGUGCAGAUAAUUUGUGUUGAUUAGCAUAAUGAGAGUCAACGGCGGCUUUGGCUUAAUUAUGUAAUGAUGUCUGCACUUAGUUAUGAUUAGAGCAAGUAAUUCUCAUCCAUACAUUUACCGCUUCCACCUUUACAAUAUUGUCAAGGCUGAAAUGACACAUUUUGGAAGACUUAUUAUUUUCUUGUCUUUUCUGUCUAGGUCGCAACGGAAACUAAACUGUUUGUUUUUGACAUGCUGAAGAUGGGUGUAAAUGCUUUCAAUGAAGGUCUCGAUGCACUGUUUGCCUCAAAAGCUAUUUUAAAAGUAAGUAAUAGUUUUUCUAAUUUUUUAAAAAUAUUUAUUCAUUUAGGCAUUUUUAUAUAGCGCUUACCUUAAAGCUCAAAGCGCUUUACAAUUAUUAAAAACAUGUAAACUAAGUAAAAUAAAAAUGAGACACUAGGAUAGUAACUACUAUACUAUAGAAACAAUUAAAAUGGCUAUAAAACGAGGACACGUUUUGGCCUAUACUGCAGGAUCAACCCGAGACAGAAAAUGGGGCAGGGCAAGGAGGGUGCAUCACAGGUCAUAAGCAGACCUAAACAGAUGGGUUUUAAGGGACUUUUUGAAGGUGGACGAAGUUUCACAAUGGCGGAUAUGGAAGGGGAGCUGGUUCCAGAACGUGGGCCCAUGGAAGUAGAAGGAGCGUUCACCGAUGGUCUUAGUUUUGUUCUUGGGAUUGAGAGGGUUCUAUUGUCAAUGGAAGAGCGACCCGACCACAAAAAAAACAACUUAAUGAUUUCAAGCUUGUGUAAUGGUAACUUUUGAGUCACAUUGUUAUAGUCAUUUCCUUUUAAGAAAUAUUUUUCGUUUCAGGUAAUGCAUGACUGUAGAUUUGUGUCUGACAUGAUGCACCACAAAUAUAAAAUUUCCAUGGUCAACAUCUUUGAUACUCAGGUAAUAUUGUACAGUAAUUGGUAUGUGUUGGUGAUAUUCAUAAGCAAAUAUUCGUUACUCUUAAAAAGAAAGCAGUGUUUUUCAAACUUUGUUACUUUGAUCCUGUUUUAAAUUUAAAAAAAAAAAAUUCUGCCCAUUUAUAUUUUGUAUAAAAUAAUAAAUAUAGGAAUGCAUCCCCCCCUGGAUGUCAGCCCACAGUUUUGAAACUAGUCCUUUCUAACACGCAGCUGCAAUUUGCAAAUAAGUUUCUUAAGUUGGCCAGGUCAAGAUAACCAGAAAAACUUUUUUUGUUCGAUAUCUUUUUUUUAUCUUACUUGAUAUGAUGAACUCUCUAACAAUUUUUAGUUUAAUUGAUAUAAUGAACUCUCUAGGUGGCCAAUGCUUUUGUCUAUCGAUUGAUUCACCAUGGUGAGUGGCCUCGUCACGUUGAAAGUUUGCCAGGAUGCUUAGUAAAUCAUCUGAAUCUUUCCAAUGACCAAGUUCAUUUCAUGCGGGUCAGCGGAAAUUUUAGAAAAGUAGGUGUGCCAUGCUUUUUAAUUAAACUAAACAGCGUAGUUUUAUCUUCUGGGCGGUAGCGUUGCUGUCAGAGUUUCCUAUUCAAUUAGCAUUAAAGCUGAUAUCUGCCACACAUGUACCUUUAACUUUAUUACCUAUCAUGAUAAAAAACAAUUUCUGUCUAGUAACAAGACAAGAAUUAACUUAUUAAGAUUAUGGGUACCCGGUAUUUAUUGUAUAUUAUAUACUGCACUUCUGUUUUGGGCUUAAAACUUUUAUUUGUACUUUUUUUUAUUUUUAGAAAGAUGAAGCUGUUUGGCUCCAGAGGCCCUUAGCCGAUAAGUUAUUGUCAGCUGCCUGCAUGAACAUCAAAUACUUAAUACAACUGCAUCAUGUACUGAUGAAAAAGAUGCUUUUGGAGUUCAAAACUGGUGUCUACAUUUAUUUAAACCAUGUCGACAAUAACGGUGGUGAAGUGGAAAAGUGCAGGGUAUGUAGUUUUACUGGAAUAAUUUUAGUAUUUUAUGUUCUCAGGAGCCUGCACUUUUCUUGCGAGUGAGGCCCAAGAGAGUUAAGAAUCACACUAAGAUAAAUCUUUAAAUCUAUUUUUCUACACCUGCCGAAGGUUGUGGAACUUAGCAUUUUUCAAGAUCUCUAUCAAACUGGCUUUGUAAUAACUAUUUACCUUGAAAGGAAUAAACUUCCUUUCAUUAACAGCAAAAACAUGGGAUAUCGUUCUUCAGCCUUACAAAAAAUAGUUCUAAUCAUAGAGUAAGGAUUUCAGAAUAGAGAAGUCCAGACAACAAUUUAAAAAAGUGCAAAGGUGCAUUUAUUUUGCUUUUCUGAUAUUUUAAUAAUCAUACAUUAAUUUUAUCAUCUUUAGUGGUAAAUAGUUAACCAUUAGCACCAUACAUCAUUUCAGUUGGCAAAGAGUUAACCAUGAAAACCAUACAUCAUCUCUAAUGGUAAACAGUUAACCAUAAAAAACAUACAAGUUUUUAUUCAAUUUGAAAAGUAAGUAGACAAUAAUGCCAUUUCAUUGCUAAUUCUGUAAUAUACUGUUUCAAAUGGCAAACCUUUACCUAAUGCAAUUAUAAUAUUGUUUCUAAAGGCAAACCUCCACCUUUUGCCACAUGCAUUUCAAAACAUCCAGCACUACACAAGCUAUUACAACUUAAUUGAAAGUGGUGACAAGAGAGAAGUUCAGUAUGACAAAAUUGGCUUCAGAGAAAACUGCCCAAAUAUCAAAGACAAGGAGAUCACUUUUAGCCACGAUUCAAUAUGGCAUAGAUCAUAUAAGUCUGGUAAGUUGUUAAUAAAAGCAUAGACAUUAUAACAAUGUGUGGGAACGACUUUUUACUUUUGUGCAAGUUAAAAUUACCUACAUUAUAUGUUUGUAAUAUGUUGUCUAAGGAACAUCUUUCCCUAUGUCUAAAUGUAAAGACAUAAAAUUAUAUGUUGAACAGUGCAAAUAUAUGCAUCUGGUACAUAUUUGUUUAGUAAUUUAUCCUAAUAAUGCACAAGAUUUCCUUUAUAUUUAUUGCCCUGCAUUAUGACUUCUCCAAAUACCCCAGUAUUUGGAGAAGUCAUAAUGCAGGGCAAUGAAGGCCUGUGUUAAAUUUGAAACAUCUCAAUGCUACUUCACCGUAAAAUGUAGUGUGCAUUAAUUUCAUUAGUUUUAUACAAUAAAAUAGAGCUAUCUGCAAACACAUGAAGUAUUAUUUAGAGAUUUACUUUAGAGAUUAACUAAAUUUUAGGUAAGGGAUUUUAAAUUGUAAUAAUUUUGUUGGUUGUUUCAUGUCCAUUUGGAGUAACGUUUAAGGAGAUUUAAACAGACCUGAAGUUUAGGACGUAUUAACUCUGCAAACUGGUUAUCUUAAGCAGUCCACAAUAAUGUGUUUGAUUAUUUUUGACGUAGUUCUAUCUAUUAUUUCUGAUUCAUUAUGGAAAUUGUGAAAACCACCAUUACUUUGGGGAAAUAGCUACUUUAAAUAGUUGAAAAACAAAUAGUGGCCUAUGAAAAUAAGUCAGGUAGUCUCUAAAUGGGGGGGGCAUUUGUGCAUUUAAACAAUAUAUGAACAGUUCUCCCAAAGAAGGUUGAUGCCCUCUCUUUCUUACUGAAUUUAUGGGACUACAAUGCUAUUGUCAUUGAAUUAUUUAUAGGCUAUUUUUCACAUGGUGUAUCAAUUUAUUCCUCAGGCGAGAGAAAAACGGACAACAAAGGAAAGGUGCCGAAAGAAAGGAGCACAAAAUUGAAAAAUAACCCGCAUCCAAGAGAGGAAAAGACAACUAUUGGGCCAGAAAUAAAAGAAUCUCCUAAUCAAAACCUGAUGAUUCCUGAGGAGAGAGAUGAUAAAAUAUCCUUCAACUUAGUCAGUAAGAAUUCAGUGGAAGUUGACAGUACAAAUUCUGUGCCUGAUGCAGCAAGCCCUAUAAACGUUAGUGAUAUCCAACUUAAAACAAGACCGACUGGAUCACCCCGGAAAGGCCAGAAAAGUCUAGAAUGUCCUAGUAGUUCAUCACCUUCAUCAUCAGAAUUUCGUUCAACUGAUAUGACAAGGCCAAAUUCAAAAGACUAUGUAAAGUCUAGUCCUGAAGUUGAGAAUAUUAAAUUGUCCCCAAUGGGCAGUCAGCAACUAGAUUCAUCAGAUCAUCAGUCCACUUCACAAUCUGCUAUGGAAACUUCUCGGUCAUCAUCGCGUCCUGAAAAUAAUGUCAAAUCUAAGGAUUGUGACAUUGCUGUUGAAAGUAUUAGAAAAUCAAAACUUUGGAAAGUUUCUGCAAAGAGUGUGAAAAAAGAUGAGACUUCUCAGCCUGUGAAAUCCCCCUCCAUUCUCCAUCAAAUGUGUUCUUUAAAAGACCAGAACCAUCAGGCAUCUCUAAAUUCACCGCCUAACCAGCAGACAUGCAUCAAAAGAGAACAGCAUUCUGCUCUUGUAACUUCACCACCUUGGCCUCUUGAACGACUCAGCCCAAAAGUCCAGUGUGCUGGAGGUGGUUCAGAUUCCAACAGUGAUGGGGAUGUAGGAUCACCAUCGAGGUACAAAUCUGUUUGCUCUAAUUAUUCACCCACAACAACCCGUGACAGGAGUCGAUUGGCUGGAAACAGUUUGACGAGCAGGCUGCAUGUGGAAUCAACAGAAAAGAAAGCCCCCGGUGAUGCGUUCCUAAACAGACCACCAAGUUUGCUUCAAAACUUGACUUCGCCACCUGAAUGUAGUGAAGCUCCUCUGAAGAGUCAAGAAACUAUAAGUAUGUCUUCCUUUAUCCCCGCUGGAAUAACUGUGGGACAGUUAGCAAAGAAGUGCAGGAAAAUGCAAAUGGAAAAAAAGAAAAUAGGUUCUUAAAAAUUUAAUUUCCUUAGUAUAUUUCAUAGGGAUGCACUGAAUCUACAUUGUUUUAAAUUGUUUAAGGGUAAGGAGUCAGUGCUUGCAAGGGAGAGAACUCUGCAAGGGGAAAGAAUUCUAAAGCUUUGAAACUUGGUUUGAGUUCCAAAUUUGAAGCAACUGUAUUAAAAAAAAUAUUUUUAAAAAUAAAUUUUAGUUUUAGUCUAUAAAGUUGUACCAGUAAUUUAAAAUGGAGAUAAACAUAAAUGUUUUUAAAAAAAAAUAAUUUUUUCUUUUUCUGCCGUUACGCAGAGUUUUGCAGCACAUGUAUAUUCUGUGCUGACCAGAGUGAGCUUAUAUUUAUAUGUCGAACUAUCCAUGAAAAUUAUGUAGGUAUGUUUUUUAUGAUUUAAACAACAAUUCUGAUUUGCAUUUCGUGAUUGUUUUCAAUUACAGACAUUGAAGGGGAAUCCUCAAAACCUCUGGAGAAUGAACAUGCUGCGAAUGAUGACUUUGGAGACAUCCCCAUGCAGCACUCUCUGAACCGGAAAAGCACAAUGCCCCUGGGAGUCUCAGCCCUGGGAAUUGGAAAUCUGUUUUCCGAGGAGGAGAACUGUCAGUCAUCCGAUAGUCGUGAGGAGUUUGUAAAAUCCAGGCUGACAUUUAAAGAUGAGGUAGCUAUCAAGGAUCGGGAUAUAGAACUUUUGCAUCAAACUGAGGCGGUGCAGAAAAUUUUAAAGUUGGCCUCUCUAACCUCAAACAGCGAUGUCAAAAAGAAGCUGCUGCCAUCACUAAAGCCUCCACCAGCUGAAGGUAAUAAGGCCACAGUUAAAUAUUCGGUUUAAUUUCAUUUUUUUAAAAUGUAGUUUUUGAAAAAAGAAUGUGUAAAUCCAAUGUUUGGGGCCAUCCAUCUAGUACAGAGGUUGGCGAACCAGGGUAAAUUACCCCAAAUGGGGUAAAAAUGAAAAUUUUUGGGGUAUACCGGGUAAUGAAAGUGCUAUACACAUAAAUAAAAUUUAUUUCAAUUCAAAGUUUACAAAAAAUAGAUUUUUUUCUGUGAACACUUCAUCUGGCCUGUGUUAUAGAGAAACUCACCAAUGUUGUGGUGACUAGUGGCUAAGCAGGUAGUAUAAGCUCACGUCUUGUAAAGUACAUGCAAUUUUGGCCUAGUCACCUAUUUUAUUUUAUGUUCAAUAGUAAUAGUGUCACUAGAGUUGGUGUCUACCAGUAUGAUAAACUCACGGUGUCACCGCAUCCCGACUUUCCCCAUGGUCCUUUGGUGUGCCUGUGCUCUGGUGGCACCCUGCUCUAGUAUUUAACUUCUGUUCUGAAACCAAGUUGAACAAGCUCUAUCAAAUUUAAUAGUUUCCAUUUGGUGUUGCGACCCGACAUCCCCCCUCCCCCCCCCCUGUCAGCGGACACCAGGUCUGGUCAUUGUGUUAGGUACUGUGGUAGGGUCUUGCAGAUUUAAUCUGUUUUAAGAUUUGGCUCGGUAGAUGAACAAUGCAUAAGAAAGGACUGAAAACCAGUAAACUAAGACAAAAGCUGCCAAAGCUAGUAGUUUUUAAUUAUACUCUUUAUUUUAUAUAAAAAUACAAAGUCAAAUAAACAGAAAUAAAAACUACAUUCCAGAAUUACAGCUCAGCAAGUGAAAAAUACACAAACACAAAAAGAAAAAUCUUGUCAGGAUAUCUUGCAAAUCUCUUCCUGCUGGGAAAGCUGUCGGCUUAUUCAUAGGGAUGGAGUUGGAACCCUCCAGAAAAGCUAUUCUAGAAAUGGCAUCACCCUAGUUUAUUGUCUACCUUCCAUUUAGAACAAAUUUGAAUGUAAACAAGCUUUUUUCAAGUUAGGGAGGGGUAGGUCAUGGUAGAGUUCUACACAUUGAAUCAUCAAGGUCAACAUCAAAACAAAAAGGGGUUCAAGUAAGUUUGCAUGACACGGCUCGUUGUGAACAACACCUAGGACAACACACAGGCCAUAUCAUCAUAUAACAUAACACAUUGUAUCAAAAUCAAACAUUUCUUUAAAAUUUGAAGUGCAAUUUAUUUGAAAGAAUUCUUUCUGUAUGUUCCAUAAUGAGGAUUUCAUUUACUUAUCUUAUCAAAUUUAUUUUAUAUUUUUUAUAUUUAUACUUAUAUCUUACUUAUAAAUAAAGAUUAAAUGAUUUUCUUCCUUUCAAGUCGAGGGGGUAAUGCAGAUGUAAAAAAAAAUAGUUUUGGGUAAUAACGCCAAAAAGUUUGUUGACCCUGAUCUAGUAAUACUGGUAUGUUUUCAUUAGUGUGGGAGAAUGGAAGGACAUGAUAUAAUUUAAUUAAUAAUAAUAAUAAUUUAUAAUGUAUUUAUUUUCUAUCUUAGUGUCCUCAUUGCCUCAUGUGCUUCUAUUCAAUCUUUUUUGCUAACAAUUUUAAUGAAUGAUAAUUCUUCUGUCAGUUUCUUCAGGAGUGGCCUUGCAGGGAGGUACUGUUGGCGAUCUGUCGCAAGGUGUGAGACCUGCUGAAGAUUCCUGUUUUGGUCUUUGAAGUUGUCCUUAACACAGAAGAUCCGCGUCCGGCCUGGACCUGUUCUGGCCUCGAAACUGGAGUGCCUGCAAAGUAGGCUUGCAUUUCAGGUUGAUUGACAGGCAUUCCGACGGGUUGGGCAAACCCAUUAAGUUAAAAUUUGCUUUUGGGCCAUACACUGGCUGAUUGAUAUGUCACCAACCAUUUGUCCUUAUUUCCUUGUUCUGACUAUGAUCCCUUCUUGUUUUAUCAGCUGCUUGCCUUAAACAUCUCAUUUUGCAGAUGAGUUUUUUUUUCUUAAGAAUUUGAUAACUAACAAUAUCCUGAAUUUUUCUUCCCGAUUGUCCAUUCUUUUUGUUUAUAUGCAAAACUUCAGCAUUCUUAGUAUUAUAUUGUUUGAUUCAUGUAAGCCAUACCCAUGUUAUUUUUCUAGCAAUAAUAAAUGUGCCGUUGCCAUCAUGAUGAAAUGCUCACUAAUUUAUUUCCAUGAUCUAAUUAUUUCAUUUUUUGUAAAUUAAAAACAGCAAUUGAAGGGCCGACUAGAAAAAGUUAUUAAGUGUAUUUUAGCACUUCUGAGAUAGACGAGUUUAAAGUUUUGUAAUUUCAAUACGUUAUAAUCAUGAAUAUGAUUUUAAAAUGGUGUUUCCAUCAGGCACACAAUUCUACAUACCGGUACUGAAUUCUACAUACCGGUACUGUUGACAACUUUUUAACAUUUUUUAAUGAGAAAUGUUGAUUUUGUGUUGAGUUAAAGGUUUUUCAGUUUAGUACUUUUUGCUCUGAAUU